AUGUACGAUCAGCGAUGCUAUGUUGCGUGUGCUCAGCUAGACGAAGAAAGGAUUAUAGCAUUCGGUGGUUACAACAACUACGAUCGACUGCGAACAGCUGAAAUUUUUCACAUACCAACAAACCAGUGGCACCGACGCUCUGGCGUCGGUGCAGCUAACAUGGAACGAGUGAUUAUUGUGUGUGGAGGUUUCGAUGGUACCAGUCGUCUGCAGUCGUGCGAAUUCCUCGACGAGAGGGAAGGAAAAUGGCACGUGCUAAAGUCCAUGAAUCGACCACGUUCGAAUUUCGGGAUUGAAGUUCUGGGCAAUGAAGUGGUGGUAGCAGGCGGCUACGGCGGUAUCGUCGGUACGAUUGAUGACACCGAAGCAUAUGACUUCCGAGCCAAUGCAUGGAAGGAACUACCGAAAAUGGGGCUGCGCAGAUCGGCCGUUUACCUCACGAAGAUCGAAUAUCAUGACAUUAUCGAAGCAUUCGUACGGCCAAAACCUCUUAACUACUAA